AUGUUUCCUUCAGGUAGCCCAUGGUCCCUGAGCCUCGUGUUUCUUCUGGGGAUGGCAUCCCAGGGGAUCAGCUGUCCGAGCAGGUGUAGCUGUCAGUACCUGGAGGUGAACUGCACCGGGCAGCGGCUGCAGGAGUUCCCUGUGGACAUCCCUCUGGACACCAGGCAGCUGAUUCUGGCAGCAAACAACGUCUCGUACCUGCCGCCAGUGGAAUUGAGCUUCCUGGCUGAUUUGGUCUAUCUGGACUGCAGAAAGAACCUCUUGGGGGACGACCUGGAUUUCACUUUCAUUGGCGUGGCCAGGCUUGUCUAUCUCGACCUCAGCUUCAACAACCUCUCCCAGGUCACCUUCAGCACCUUCUCCCACCUCCUCAGCCUGGUGGUACUGAAGAUCUCGGACAAUCCCAACCUUGUGGCCAUCGAGAAAGAUGCUUUUGCCAACAACACCUGGCUGAGGCACCUGGAUGUGAGCCGGACUGGCUUGACCUUCCUGGACACCAGCACCGUCCGGGACCUGCCCAACCUGAGGCUCCUGGGGCUCAGUGACAACCUGUGGCACUGCAACUGUUCCUUUUUGGACUUCAUCACCUGGAUGAUGGAGAGCGAUGUGCAUUUUCCAGAUGCUGACAACAUCACCUGCUACACCCCAGCAGGGCUGCGUGCUCUGAGGAUGCCAGCAGCAGAGGCACAGCUCCACCUCAGCUGCCUGACCCAGCUGCACAAGCAGGAUUAUGUCUUUCUGGGCCUCGUUGGCUUCUGCAUCUUCCUUGCUGGCACCAUGGCAGCCUGGCUGGCCGGUGUCUGUGCUGUCAUCUACGAGGCCCAUGCCUCAAAGGGAGAGGAAGAGGAGGAGGAGGAGGAGGAGGAAGACACAGCCACUUAG